AGAGAUUGCGUGGAGAGGGAGGGAGGGAAGUGUAAGCCAGUCGCAGCAUCUCUCCUCACUGCACCAGGGCUGAGGGACUCUUCGUCCCUUCGCUUCCCUCACUGCAGAUUUAACUCAUUUCCAUCAGCGCAGUCAUCUUUUUUUUUUUUCUUGCUUUUUACUUGCAGCUUUUGAUAGAUGCAUUGCAUUCAUCGGUUUCUGUAUGCCAGGAUCUAAGGAUUUAUUUAUAAAAAAUGUGGGUUGUCCUGUUUACUGGAAUUAAAAGGGGGACGUUUGCAGAGGACAGUGCUUGAAACUGGGACUCCGACUGGGACUUGGUCUUUUCUUUAUGCUGCUCGAGUGGAUUCCCUUUUGUUGCGCGGCCAGGGUUUUGUUCUGGGCGACAGACCUACUAAGAGAGGAGUUGUAGGACCUCAUACCUCUACAAAUAAACAGAGUGCAUACUUCAAAGGACUAAAGCAAGUUAAAAAACAUCUAUGGUUGCUUUCAGCAUUUGAGGAGAAGGUGCUAAUGCUUCAGGAUGUCACAACAAAAAUGCAAGUAACUCAUUUAUGGGAUAAAUAGGUGGAUUGCCGAUUGAUCCCCACACCCCUCUCUGCAAGUGUCUGCCACAGGAUUGCUGAGGAGUCUGAGAGGAGCACUGAGCUAUUCAGCUGGCCUCUCAUUGCUCCAGGAGAGUCCUUCCACCUGCCUGCAUGGGAGUCUUCGAUUCAACACUUUCAUCAGCUACUGGGCUUUUACAUGUCUUUUUUGCGACUUGCAGUCCAGAACACUGAGAGGCAAGUUUGCACAUUUGGAUUUAAACUUUAAAUUACUUUAAUAGCAAAACUCAUCCUGUGAUUUUUCUUUUUUACCUCAUUCUGCCUGGGGAUGGCUUGCAAACAUCAUUUUUCCCCCAGCGCCGUGUGCUGAGAGAGCUAUGACAUUAUCUCCUGCGGAGAUCCCCAUGUUGUUCUAGCCUGUGUCUGUGUUUUGAUUCAGACAAUAGCUGGGCAUGCAUGGGCUCCAGACACUGACCAGAGGACCACCAAAAUAAGGGAAGCCUGCUGUUACAUUGUAAACACAAGCACCCAUUGCACAGUAAAACUUUGGAUUGGAUUGAAGGGUCGAUUCACAGAGAUGGAUGUAAUUUUCUUUUCCAGACUUUGGUACACACUAAGAGAGACUCCUAAGAAGCUUUUAUUUCCCUUAGAAAUAGUUGCCUAAAGUUUAUUUUUUGAAAGGCAACUGCACUCAGCAAAUUUCAUCUGAUUUCCAGGAGUGAAAUAGGAGCCAUAUACAGCUAACUUAUUUGAUCUCCUGUGAGGAUUUGUCAACAGCAGAGAGCAUUGUGCUUUGCUUCAUACUUUAACCUCUUCGUAUGGUGUCCUCCCUCGCAUCUUCUGUGCUUUCUGCCCUUGUGCGGACAGCUUAUGCCCUCAGCCUCCCUGUGGCAACCCUCAUUAGGAUUGGGAGAUGAGGCCACAGACUGGCAGGCAAAGCAGCUGGGAAACUCGCCUUUGGAAUAGAUGCUGGCCACAGCAGUAAUGCUACCCUCCUACCCUGGUUUACUGAAGGAAUACAGUUUUUUGAUAUCUACUCCUGACUGUUACCCACCCACUACUUUCACUAACCAUGAGUGAUUGGAAAAGGAGAGCUAAAUGGGUUGUGCUACCCUCCCAGAGGCUGUAUUGAUUUUUCUCCAGUCAGUGUUUAUUUGAUUGAGACCCAGCUAUGUGAGAGUAAGGUGAACGAGAGAGUGAGUGUGUUAGAGAGAGUAUUGCGCUCCGUUAACUGAAGAAGGCUGCAGACACCCGGUGUAGAGCGGGUGGGGGGCAGGCAGUUCUCCAGUUUCAGGCCAGCUGCCUUAUGGGUGACACACCACAAACCUGACCCACCUGGAUAGCACCCACAACAAUGAACCAGUCUGAACUGACAACGGGCCCGGUGCUCACUGCCAACAGCAGUCAUGGAGACUUCUUUCCUGGCAGUGCUGCCAACCACUCUUGUCCCUUGGGCUGGGGGCUGAACGAAGGCCUAGAGGCUUGCGUCCUGGAGACUGCUGUCAUUGUACUUCUGACAGUGCUCAUUAUUGCAGGGAACCUGACGGUGAUCUUUGUGUUCCACUGUGCCCCUCUGCUACACCACUACACCACCAGCUACUUCAUCCAGACCAUGGCAUAUGCUGACCUGCUGGUGGGUCUUAGCUGCCUGGUGCCCACCCUGUCUCUUCUCCACUACCCAGCAGGUGUCCAGGAACCCAUCACAUGCCAGGUCUUCAGCUACGUCAUCUCUGUUCUGAAGAGUGUUUCAAUGGCAUGCUUGGCUUGUAUCAGUGUGGACCGCUACCUGGCCAUAACUAAACCACUGUCUUACAACCAGCUGGUGACGCCAUGCCGGCUACGAGGGUGCAUUACCCUAAUCUGGGUCUACUCUAGCCUGGUUUUCUUGCCCUCCUUCUUUGGGUGGGGUAAGCCAGGCUAUCAUGGGGACAUUUUUGAGUGGUGUGCUCACUCUUGGCCCACCUCUGCCCUCUUUACAGGAUUUGUGGUGUGUAUGCUCUAUGCGCCUGCUGCGCUUGUGGUGUGUUUUACCUAUUACCAUAUCUUUCGCAUUUGCCAGCAGCACAACAGGGAGAUCAGUGAACGGCGGGCACGUUUCCCCAGCCAGGAGAUGGAGGCUGGUGAGGGGGGUGGUGGUGGGCAUCACGGAGGGCAUGGACCAGAUCGGCGCUAUGCGAUGGUGCUGUUUCGCAUCACCAGCGUUUUCUAUAUGCUUUGGCUGCCCUACAUAAUCUACUUCUUGCUAGAGAGCUCCCAUGUGCUGGACAACCCUGCCCUCUCCUUCAUCACCACCUGGCUUGCCAUAAGCAACAGCUUUUGCAACUGUGUCAUCUACAGCCUGUCUAAUAGUGUGUUCCGCCUGGGCAUGCGUAGGCUCUCACAGACAAUUUGCUCCUUUAGCCACUGCGCGGCCGAUGACGGGGACUUUGGGGAGCCUAAACCAAGGAAGAGGGCAAACUCAUGCUCCAUCUGAAGGGAUGACUUUACUGCUGGGAUCAACAAAUGGGGAACAUGAAUCUUAACAGCUUAGCAGCUAGUUAACUUUCAAAAACAUUGGCACAGCUUAAGCAAACAGAAAACAAUUUCUGUUGUAUCAGCCUGUGAGCUGAUGAACCAAUGUCAUUACGUUGGUCACAAUAAACCAUGGUUUAUUUUAUUACAAGCUUUUCAAGGAGAUGGGUGCAGUGUCUAAACAGAUUUAAUGAGAUGGGCACUCUGUGAUGGUUUUUAUUCUGUGGUGUGUGACUUGGCUGUGGAUAUAGAAAGUAGUCUCCCAAUGGCUUUCUUAGCCUUUACAUCUCACUGUAUGUCAUCAGCCAGUUUAUCGGUGUUUCCAUCAGCCAGGUCAGACAUAGUGGGAAGACAAACUCCAAAAGAUUCAAAAUAUAUUCUCUCAAACAUCAAAUGUGACCACACUUUUUCAUGCCUGUUAAAUUUUGUUUGUGGUUGUGAAUUGGAUUGACCUUUUACUCGAUGUUUCCGUACUUUCUAUGACUGUCAUUAGCAGAAACUAGAUAACCUACACUUACUUGUGCUCAUAAACCUGUUUAAAGGUUGUAAAUGGAUAUUUGACUUUUUAUCUGUAUAAACACACAAGGUGACAAUGACGACAGCCGUUAUGCUGCUGAUAAAUAACCGUUGGCAUAUGGCCUUGACUGUUUUCUAAAGGAAAGUGUGCAGUCCAUUUCUGCUGAAGUAUUUCAUGUUGAGUCUGUAAACAUGAUGUUUGCAGGUGAACAGGAGAGAGAUGCAAAAAGGCAAUGAUGUUCUGACACAUUUUCUUUCUAUAAACAAAUUGAUUGGCCUUUCUAUAAGUGAUUAGCCAAUCGCAGAAGGUUGAAAUCUGGAUAAAGUUGUUUACUCAGACCUUCUGCAAAACAGGGUACAUAAUGUACAGGUAGUAGCACACAUCAAUCUUCAUCAUUAAAAUUCCAAUAUAGCACUGUUUAGAUAGUUCUUCAAAACAUACUCCGACAUCACAGCAUUAGAGCAAGGACUGUAAAAUAUCUAAACUUGUAAAAAGAGUCUUGAAACCUUUAAAUCAAGUUAAAACCCCCAAAAUGAGAAUUUAUUGGGUUUUAAUUUUAGUCAACAUGGUUACUAAUCUAUAAUGUAGAUGUUCUAAUUGUCAAACCAUUUAACACAUUGCCUAGUGUCGUCGUGUGACCUGUAUCAGAUUUUCCACAGAUGACAUGCUGCUUAUAUUGUUUACCAAUUUAAAUAUUAGCUGAUUAUGGUUGGUCACCAAUUGUGUGGUGCACCCCUUCUAAAACGCACUUGAUUUCCAGAAUUCAUACAAAGGAUGUGUCAGUUUGUUGCGGAGGUCUUUAUAUUGAAGGCAGUGAACUGAUACCCGCAGCAGAUAACUACCCAGCACAUUGCCAAGGUCCCCCCUUGCGCUAAUGAAAUAGCCCAUCAGCGGCAGCAUUCCCACCAUUGGUGUGGCAUUCCUGAUAUGGCUGUGUUAUGAGUAUUCUGCUAACAGUUUGAUGCAUGAGCGCUCAUGACAGCCAUUUCUAACCAGCAAAUAAAUAUUACACCCCCCCAUGUAUAUGUAGAGCCAUGUAUAUUGGAUAAGGAACAAACAACAGACUUGGCAAAGUAAAAAACAGCAUUAUCUAAUUAUGAAUUUCACAUUUUUUAUAAUGCAAUAGGUUUAGGUUUAGUUUAGAAAGUUAAAUCUGUAAUUGAGCUGACUUGAGAAUAUUAUUUUAGAUGAACAUCUUGGGUGUUGCUUUAAACCCCCCUUAGUCGCUUAUAGGUAAGAAAAGUGAUAGUAGUGGCAGUGUAGACCUGAUUAGUAGGCUGAUUUUGAGUGCUUUGCAUCAGUUAUCUUUGUUAAAGAUGAUAGUGGAUUUUAUUUCCCAGCAGUGGUGCAUAGGGGCUCAGGUUAAUGUGAUCUGAUCUGUCUGGAGGUCGUUGUGAGGUUAGAAAUGAACUGAUCUGAAAUCACAUGCUUUGUUGUGAAAAAGGUUUAAGGCUAUCAGCAGCUUAUCUUGUGGAGUUUUGUUAAACUAUUGGUCGGACAAUCCUCAUUACUUUUAAUGUGUCUCACUCUCUUUCAGCUGUACCAAUUCUGUUGCUGCUUUUUUAUUUAUUUUUUUAUAUAUAAAUAUACUCACCUCAAACUAUAGGCCUGAAUGUCUUAAAUACUUCUCAAUGCUUUUGGGAAUGACCACAGUAUUUAGUGUGCACUUCUCACAAGGUCAAACCAAACUGGGAAUCACACUCUAAAUGUGGUAACUGGGCUUGUUGAAUUUUCCUGUUUUUUCAUGAUGUCUGUGCCCACGCAACAGGUGCCUGUGCUGGGAAUGGCACAGUAUAGGUUUUAGAAAGGAGUCCUUAAUGAAUUGUUUGUGGGCUUCGUAUUGGAGAUAGGUAGUUACAGUAACUAAAUUCUGCUAAAAAAUAAAUAUAGUUAUUUUACUAUAGUUAUUUCCCCAAUCUGAGGCUUUUGAUAUACAAAGUGCAGAGGAUGUGUAGUUAAUGCAACCCACAUACUGCCUUUGGUUAUGAUUCUCAUCAUCUUAUCCAGUAAUAUGGUCACUCCAGUCGAUCUACCUUGUACAUUCCCUUGAUCAUGGGAUCAGUGUCAAAGCAUAAUUCUAUUCUCAUAAAUACAGCCACAUACUAUAGCCAAUAUCUUACCGAUUUCUCUCUUUGCUCAUAUAGUAGUGUCAUCUGUGGUUUAUGCCUUGCUUGUAGUAUAUAUUUGUCCAUACUAGAGAACAAGUGACACAGCAAACCCAGCCCCUUGAUAGUGUAACUGCAUUCUAUGCUGCUUAACAGUAGGCUGUGUAAGUCAUUCCUCAUUUUAUAGCUGCAUUAAGUG